AUGCGGCGCAUCUGCGAAACCCUGAUGCCUUCCUCUUCCCCGCCCCCCAGCAGCAGCAGCAACAGCAGCAGCAGCAGCAGCAGCAGCAGCAGCAGCAGCAGCGAGCAGCAAGUUUCGCUGAACGCCAGCUACAGCACUUACCUGAUGGCCCUCUUGUCUUUGCUCGGGUGUAUCCCCUCGAGUUGUUUUGGAGGAGUGGGACUUUUCAAAGUUCCCAAAUCUUUCUUUUCUCUCUUUUUGAACAAAAAGCUCCAUUUAGACCCCCCCCACUUCCA